AGUAUUUUUUACAUGUGAUUGUUUGCUUUUACAGUGUUGCCAAAAGUAUUCAUGAUUUUGCAUAUUUUGUUUCAGUUAUUAAAUGGAAUUUACAAUUAAGAAGGAAUCUACAUGAAUACCUCUACAGAGAUAAAUAAAGUGUCUGCCACAGAUGCAGAUAGUGAUAUUGUUGUAAUUUCCCCUCCAAGGAAAAAAAGAAAAGUUGCCCAAAAAGUAGUCAUAAUUGACUCUGAGGAUGAAGAAAGUGCUCUAUCCGAAGCUGAUAAUGAUGAUGAUUUUGUUCCAUCCCCAGAAAAGCAAAAACCAAAGGCAAAAGCCUCUUGUCCUCGAAAAAAUGUAAAAAAAUCUACCGCUUCUGUUGAGGGAAAGAAAAAAACAACUGCAGUUAAAAGAAAAGCAGCAAAUCCAGAUAAACCUGUGAAAAAAAGAAAAGUUGCGAAGAAAACAGAGGUUCCAGCUGAUGUAAAGGAUAAAAUUGUGCCAUCUUCCUCUAAAGAAAUAACACAAUCUCUUGAUGAAACAUCAGUUGCUGAAGCUAUUCAAAAGGCUAGACUCUCAGCUGAACCUUGGAAGGAUGAAGAGGUUGUUGCUGAAACUGCUAAAGUUCCACUAAUUACUGCAAAAAAUGUAAUAAGUCUUCUAAAUCAAGAAUGUACUAUACCGUUUAUUGUAAGGUACAGAAAAGAAAUGACUGGUGGAUUGUUAGCUGAUAAAAUUCGAGAUAUUCAGGAAGCUUAUGAAGAAGUGAAGACUGUUCACAAAAAAGUAGAAGCAAUACUAAAAACGGUGAAGAAUGAAAAGUUUUUCGAUAAAGCUGCAGUUGAAUUAUUAAGUGCCAAAACCUUGGAUGAAGUUGAACUUCUGUAUGCUCCAUUUAAACCUGGAAGUAAGAAAUCUCUUGCUGAAAAAUCGAAACAAUUAGGUUUAGAAGGAGUUGCAUUACAGCUUUUAAAUUGGCCAGCAUCUUUAACAUCUGUCAAUGUGGCCUCAUAUGUUAAACCUGUUAAAGGUUUAGAAACAGAGGAGAAGGUGUUAGAGGGUGUUAAGUACAUAAUAGCUGAUGUAAUUUCAAAAGAUAGAAGAAUACUUGAUUUUGUCAGACAAAGAAUUCAGUGUUCCAGUAUUCGAAUAUUGAGCAGUAAGUCCAGUGCUGCAGAAAAGCUGGAUAGGCAAGCACAUGUAGAAGGAAAAACAACACAAAAUUUCAAAUAUGAAAACUAUUUCUCUUUUAACAUGUCCCUAACUAAUGUAGCACCUCAUCAAGUUAUGGCUCUUAACAGAGGUGAAAAGCAGAAAGUGUUAACUGUUAAAGUUCAAAUUCCUAUAGGGUUAAAGAAAUCCAUUUCAGAGUUUUGUUGGAAUACAUUUUUUCAUCAGAAAAGAUUAGAUCGUGAUACUUUUAACUUCCUCAGGGACUGUUUUGACGAUUCAUAUAAUCGAUUGAUAGAGCCUUACAUGUGUCGCCAAAUUAGGUCAAACCUUACAAAAACUGCUGAGAAGGAGUCUAUUGCAGUAUUUGGCUCGAAUGUGAAAAGCUUGCUUUUGACACCUCCUGUGAGAGGAAAAACUGUUAUUGGAAUUGAUCCUGGUUUUUCACAUGGGUGCAAAAUUGCUGCAGUUUCUUCUAAAGGGGAAGUUUUAUGUACAGAUGUCAUUUUUAUACACUCUAAAGUGAAACAGAAAUUCAAGAACGAUCUUCUGAAUGAAAACAAACUAAGAUGUAUGAUUUUUGAUUUUAAGGCUGAAAUAAUUGCUAUAGGGAAUGGCACAGCAUGCCGAGAAACAGAAGCCUGGCUUUCUGAUUUAAACAAUUCAAACUUUUUUGCUCCUUUUAAAGUCAAGUACUGCAUUAUAAAUGAGUCUGGGGCAUCAAUUUGGAGUGUGACCAAAGAAGCCGAAGAAGAAUUACCCAAUAUGGAUCCUAAUAUUCGAAGUGCUGUUUCUAUUGCACGAAGACUUCAAGACCCGUUGUUAGAAUAUGUAAAAGUGGAGCCAAAGCAUCUAGGAGUUGGAAUGUAUCAACAUGAUAUUGCUGAAAACCAAUUGAAAAGUGCUUUGGACAGUGUAGUUGAAGAGUGUGUGAGUUUUGUUGGUGUUGAUCUUAAUGUAUGUCCUGAGGUUUUACUCAGAAAAAUUUCUGGAUUAUCUUCAGCAAAGGUGAAACAAAUAAUUGCCUAUAGAACACAAAAAGGUUAUUUCAUAAAUCGGCAGCAGCUAUUAAAGGUCAAAGGUUUGGGUCCAAAAACAUUUGAGCAAUGUGCUGGGUUUGUUAAAAUUCUUCCAGAAACAAGCCUACUAACUAGUUCAUUACCUACUGGUAUCAAAGAAAUUGCUUUAUUUAAACCAAAUCCGUUAGAUCAAACAAUAAUUCAUCCGGAGUCAUACAGUGUUGCUGAAAAAUUUUUAGAAGAAUUAAAAGGUAAACCAUCGGAGAUAGGACAACAAAGUUUGGUUGAAAAAGUGAAUUCACAUCUGAAAUUUACUUGUGUUGAAGAUCUUGCAAAGAAGUAUAACAUUGCUGUUUCAGCAAUGCAACUAAUAAUUGAUGCUUUCAAACAGUUACAAGGUUAUGAUAUAAGAGGAGAACUGAGCCAACCUCUCUUCAUGACAUCAGUGCAGAAACUGACAGACCUUAAAAAUGGUCAAGUUCUCACAGGUCGUGUUUGCAACAUGACAGGAUUUGGAGCCUUUGUAGAUAUUGGUGUGGGCCAAGAUGGGCUUAUUCAUACUACACAAAUGCAGGGCCAAAAACUGAGUGUCGGUGACCGAGUGACUGUAAAAGUAAUGAAUGUAGAUGUUGGGCGAAAGAGAAUAGGAUUGCAACUCUCUCAUAAAAAUGACUUUGUAAAGAAAGAAUCAGCCUUUCAACUUUCCUAAAAAAAUAUGUAAUAUUUUUAAUAAAAUGUAUGUGAUAUAUCAUAAUUUAUGUCAAAUCGGG